GAUCAUUUGUGGCGAGCGCCUGCUCAAGGGCAACGAGCGCGUCUCGACCCUACAGCAGGGCAUCACCCUGAUCAGGAUCGCCGCCACAAGCGCAUCCAGCAACAGCGAGGAGGACCUGGAAAGGCUGGUUCAGGAGGCCGGCCUCGCACCGAGCGA